AUGAUUCUCAUGCUGCUUGGCCACUGGAUCAAAGUGGGUCUGCUUCAUGAACAGCAUAUGUUUUACGAAACCUCUUACUACAACUUCUUGCUGUUUCUGCUAUGCACUCCAGUUCAGAUUUUUGGUGGUCGUCACUUUUACUACAAAUCGUACAAGAUUCUGAAGGCUGGUGCAUUGGAUAUGAACGUCUUAAUAGCUCUUUCGACAACGAUCGCCUAUGUUUACUCGAUUGCCCUCCUCGUAAGCAUGGAGGUGUUUAUGUGGGAAGUUUGUCCCAUGACGUUUUUCGAUGUACCCGUCAUGUUGCUGAUGUUCGUCUCGCUGGGCAAAUGGCUAGAAAAUAUUGCAAAACAAAAUACUGCAGAAGCUCUCACGAAGUUAAUGUCGCUAAAAGUCAAAGAAUCGGUGUUGGUAUCAUUGGGCGAAAAAAAUCAGAUUUUGAAGGAAUGUGUUAUCAACACAGACCUUGUUCAAGCAGGCGAUGUGUUAAAGGUACGCAAUCUACGCCAAAUAAUAUGAAA